CAUGCCGAGUUCUGUUUUAUAAACAAUGACUGAACUUUGAUUUGGACCUUGAAACGUGUUUUUUAUAUGCAUAUGAACCUUUCCAACGUUAAUAUGAAUGCCAAUUGUAAUUGUAUUUCAUGACUUGCGCCUUGAGUGAUAAUUGAUCCAAAAACAAUUUGUAUAGUAUAGGAGAUAGAGGGCUUUAUUCAAAGUUUUUGGUGGGGAAGGUUUGCCAAGUUUAUCUGGGGGGAAAUUUGUGCUGAUUCCAAAAAUGUGAGUCUUAUUGACCGCCUUUACGACGUUCUGCAUCCGCCUAUGGAAUAGUAUAAUUGCGUUGAAUAAGAUUUUAAAACUAACAACCCGUCAUGGUUACAAGUAAAGAGAGGUUAACAACAUUUUCAUCUACUAAGAGGUAAAUAAUUUGGACUUGUUGCUAUCUCGCAACCCGCGCGUCGUAAAAAAGUCUACGACAAUAAGUUGGAAAGGGAGAAGGGAAUAGCACAACAUUCAUUAUGACGUCAUCGAAACGGAGUAUCAUCUCAAAUCUUUCAGUCUUCAUCUUGCUGUCUGGUACGCUUGUGGCGGCUCGUCAAGCUCCUUUACUAAAAACACAAGAAGCCAUCAAAGAGCAAUAUAUCGUGGUCCUACAGAAAAACUCGCCACUCCCAGCCGUUCUUCAAUCCCUUCAUGAAGAAUUCAACCAGAAAGUUAUUACUGUGAACAAUCCAAUUAAAGAAUACAACAGGGUUCUAAACGGAUUCGCCAUCUCACUUUCUAAAGAAGCAUUAGCUGUAGUUCGGGGCCAUCCAUCUGUGAAGUACGUAGAGGAAGAUGGCGUCGCCUAUGGCUCGGAGACGUGGGGUCUUGAUAGGAUUAAUCAAAGAGACCUUCCUUUAGAUGACAGCUUCACGCCUAUCGGUAAUGGCAGCGGUGUCAAUGUAUACGUCCUUGAUACUGGAAUCAGAACAACACAUGAGGACUUUGAGGGCAGAGCUGAGUUCGUCUAUGAUGCAAUGAACUAUGCUAUCGGUAAUGAUGGGGACUGCCAAGGGCAUGGGACACACUGUGCUGGUACAAUAGCUGGUAGAAGAUACGGAGUUGCCAAAGCUGCUAGAGUAUAUGCUGUACGAGUCCUAGGUUGCUAUAAUUGGGGUUCCUGGUCUGCUAUAAUCGAUGGUAUGGAUUGGGUCGCCAGCAAUGGUGUACGCCCUGCCAUAGUGAGUAUGUCACUUGGUGGUAUAGGAUCCAGAUCGGUGGACGAGUCGUUAAGAAAUCUUCACAGACAGGGCGUCACCGCAGUGGUAGCAGCUAUGAAUGAAGAUAUGGAUUCGUGCGCAUUUUCUCCUGCGAGGGCUCCAGAGGCCAUAACCGUUGGUGCUAUCCAGGAUGACGAUGCCAGAGUCUACUUUUCAAACUGGGGCGCAUGCGUGGAUAUCUUUGCUCCCGGGCAUCGCAUUCUGAGUGCAGACUAUCGAUCUGAUGACGGAUAUCGUUUGAUGAGUGGAACCAGUAUGGCAUGUCCUCAUGUAGCUGGUGUUGCUGCAAUACAUCUUGGUUUGAACCCAAACUUGACCCCAGAUAACCUUCGUGACGUCAUCCUUGGAUCAGCUAGCAGAGAUAAAGUCACGAAGUUACACGAUUCGGAAAAUCUCCUUCUCUACGUUCCUAGUGAAUCUUAAAGUAUCAAUAAGAGCAGAAAAUAGAGAAAAAAAAUAUUUGCGAAGGUUUAAUUAAAAUCCAUCAAAGAAUGAGAGAGUUUUUAUUUAUUUGUUCUAAUUUCUGAUGUCAUAUGCAAGCAGCUCCAUAAUAUAUCAUGGAAUCCCAUGGAAUAUAAAAUUCAUUGAAACAGUAAGUUUUUAAUGGAACUUUAUGAAUACCAACAAUUAUAGAAGCUGGUAUGAAAUGAUGUGUAGGAAGAUAUACCUACUACGCAAAUGAAACCACGCAUAUAUAUAUCUUUUAUAAAUUACAUUUUUUUAAAACACGACAUUAUGAGGGAGCUGCUUGUCUGUGAUCUCACAAAAUCGAAAAGCCACCAGAAGAACCUGUGCAGAUAUCGCAGCAUACAAGACAGAAUAAAGUUGCUGGAAAUGCCCUGGAAAGGACGGUUAGAAAGAAAUCAGAAACAAAAAACAUUCAAGAAGGCCACAUCAGUAAUCGCUUUGUAAAAUUAUUAUUCUUAACAUUUUGGAAAUCAAUAAUCAUAAAUGCAAAAUGUGAAUGGGAUUUUACCAAUAAACAUACAGUAGGAUAUCACCG